AUGCAGACUGCUUCUACAAACAUUUGUGAAAGAAUGGGUCGCUCUCAGGAGCUCAGUGACUUCAAGCAUGGUACAGUGAUAGGUUGCCACCUGUGCAAUAAGUCCAUCUGUGAAAUUUCCUUGCCACUAAAUAUUCCACGAUCAAUGGUUAAUGGUAUUAUAACAAAGUGGAAGCAAGUGGGAAUGACAACAACUCAGCCAUGAAGAUAGCGGGGUCAGCGCAUGCUGAAGCACACAGUGCGCAGAAGUCGCCAACUGUCUGCAGAGUCAAUAGCUAAAGACCUCCAAGCUUCAUGUGGCCUUCAGAUUAUCAUAAAAACAGUGCGUAGAGAGCUUCAUGGAAUGGGUUUCCAUGG